AUGGCAGAAGGUAUUCGAGGUGUUCAUCAACAAUCUCGAAAACAUAUUCUUCCACCUGUCAGCAAUAAUAAUCUUGAUGAACCACCUUAUUAUAUACAACCACUUGAUAUUACACAAAAUGUGUUGACAAAUGAAAAUCAACCAGAUAAAUUAGUUCUUAUUAAUUUCGGUAUUGGUACCGAUCCAACUGGUUUACGAAGACAGAUAUGGGAAGAUUUAUGUGAAAAUAAUCAAAAUUCAUUUACGAUUUGUUAUAGUAAGCGCCCUAAAGUGAAUAUUUCAAGUUUACCUACUAUUUAUAAACGAAAUCGACAGUAUCCAUUAUGGUUAUCACCUCGUGGUGGUGGGCUUGAUUGUCAUCGAACAUGGGAAGCUUUGUAUCUUGAUAUUAUUCCUAUUGUUUGGCAUUCAACACUUGAUUCAUUAUAUACAAAUCUACCCAUUAUUAUUAUCAAGGAUUGGAGUGAAGUCAAUGAAGAAUUUCUUCGAAAUAAACUUCAUGAAAUAGCAAUGAAAAAAGCUCAACAACCAUCUGUAUGUUUUAUCUAUUAUUUAGAUGUUACACUUUAUUCAUUAGAUCGUCAUAUGUUAGUUUAUUAUGUUGAAUUUCAAUUUAUCAGAUUAAAUAAACCAAAUUCUCGAAGUGCACGUCCUUUAUAUAACUCAAAACUUUGUCGAUUGCAAUUCCAAAUGAACAUUAAUAUUAACGAUUUAUAUAUCGAAGAAACAUUAACAUUUCUUUCACAACCAUUUGGAGUUUGUUCGCAUGCUCAAUAUUUUCCUGAAUAUGUUGCUAAAGUACUUAUCUAUGAAAUACAACAAACACCUCAACACUUUAAUCAUAUAAUUCACCCGGAUAUUAUAACUGAUUUUACCUGUCGAUAUCACACACGUAUUACAGGUGUCGAAACAAAACUUCAUAUUAAACGUUAUAUUUUUCAAUAA